GGAACAGUCCCCCAGCUGGGGCCGGGCUGCGGUGCAUGGUGGUAGAAUCCUUGCGAAGGUAGCAGCCGCCGAGGAGGAGGAAGAGGAGGAGCUGCCGCGGGAGCGGGUAGCGGCUACCUCGGGGACCCCCCCUCCCCAUCCCAGAGAGACGACACCAUGACCCAGGGAAAGCUCUCGGUGAACAACAAGGCACCAGUGGCCGACGGGCAACAACAGACGAAUGGCGAGAAGAAGGAGCCAGUGGUGGUCCCCUCCGCGCCCCCUACCUACGAGGAGGCGACGGCGGGGGAGGGGCUGAAAGCCGGUGCGUUCCCCCCGACUUCCCCUGCCGUCCCCCUCCACCCCAGCUGGGCCUACGUGGAUCCCAGCACCAGCCCCGGAUAUGGCAGCAGUGGGUACCCCGGGGACACCGAGAUCCUUACCACCUUCAGCUGGGAUGACCGGAAUGUCCGCCGAGUGUUUGUCCGAAAGGUCUACUCCAUCGUGACGAUUCAGCUUCUGGUCACCGUCAGCAUUGUUGCUCUCUUCACCUUCUGUGAACCAGUCAAAUUUUACAUCCAGACCAACCCAGCCUGGUACUGGGCUUCCUAUGCUGUGUUCUUCGUGACCUACAUGAUCCUCGCAUGCUGCUCUGGGCCCAGGAGAUAUUUCCCCUGGAACCUGAUUCUUCUGAGCAUCUUCACUCUCUCCAUGUCGUACCUCACCGGGAUGCUGUCAAGCUACUACAACACCAAGUCGGUUCUGCUGUGCCUGGGGAUCACGGCGCUGGUCUGUCUGUCGGUCACCAUCUUCAGUUUCCAGGCCAAGUUUGACUUCACCUCGUGCCAAGGCGUCCUGUUUGUGCUGCUCAUGGUGCUGUUCUUCAGCGGGGUCCUGCUGGCUGUCAUCCUCCCCUUCCAAUACGUCCCAUGGCUUCAUGCGAUCUACGCGGUGUUGGGAGCGAUCGUCUUCACGAUGUUCUUGGCCUUCGAUACGCAGUUGCUCAUGGGAAACCGCCGCUAUUCCCUCAGCCCCGAAGAAUAUAUCUUUGGAGCUCUCAAUAUCUACUUGGACAUCGUCUACAUUUUCUCCUUCUUCCUGCAGAUCUUCGGCUCCAACCGCGAGUGAGGGGCCCCGCUUCUCCCCACUCCCC